AUGCUCUCCACUUCUGCAACAUUGACCACCGCGAGAAUGUCCCAUCGCAAGCGGUCGCGCGCCACCGACGACGAUGGCAGCCCCGAAGUUGAAAUCGAAAGCGCCAACUCGAGUUUCCGCCAAAAUCACAACAAGCGAUCCCGCGUUACGCUCGCUUCUGAACGUGGAGGCUCCGUUGUCUCAGACGAGGAGGACUACCUCGCUGGAUUUGAAGAUGGACCGGAAGAGGAGGACUACACGAUGCAUCAGGAUUCCAGCGACGACGAGCUCGAAGAAGACAACCUCGACGAAGCUCAUGCCACACAAAUCGUAACAAAGCAGAUGAAUCAGUACAAUGAGAAUCUCGCUUCCGAACAAGGUGUCAUUCAAGAGGUGUACUGCCGGAACUUCAUGUGUCAUAGCAAUCUGCGUGUCAAGUUUGGGCCAUUGAUCAACUUCAUCAUCGGACACAACGGCAGUGGAAAGAGUGCCGUUCUCACGGCGCUGCAGGUAUGCUUAGGCGGCAGGGCGGUCGGCACGAAUCGCGGGAAGAGCAUGAAAGACAUGAUCAAGGAGGGCCAGGAGAGUGCGACGUUGGCAGUGAAGAUCAAGAACGAAGGCGAGGACGCGUAUAAGCCGGAUAUCUACGGCGUGAGCAUCACGGUGGAGCGCCAUUUCUCCAAGUCGGGCAGCAGUGGAUUUCGCUUGAAGAAUGACCAGGACAAGAUCAUCUCCAACAAGAAGUCUGACGUGGAUGACAUGCUGGACUACUUUGCCCUACAAUUAGAUAACCCGAUCAACGUCCUGACUCAAGAUAUGGCUCGAGCAUUCCUGUCCAACAGCACACCCUCCGAGAAGUACAGGUUCUUCAUCCGCGGAACACAGCUCGAAAUGCUCGACCAGGACUACAAGUUGACCGAGGAGCGGCUCGACAACACUCAGGAGAAGCUGAGGCUGCGUCAGGACGACAUUGCCGUUCUCAAGUCCAAGGCUCAAAAGGCAGAAGAGCGCAAGAAGCAGCUUGACCGCGCGGCGUCAAUCCAGACCAAAAUUGAGGAAACAGCGCGCGUGCACGCUUGGGCUCAAGUCAAGGAGGAGGAAAACCUGCUCGCCGGUUGCGAGCAAGAUGUGAGCAACAAAGAGGCUGAAGUUCGAGAGCUAGAAGAAGCCGCUCAAGCCGUCAGCGACACCCACGAAGCACAUGUUAGCGCCAAGGAGGCUGCUGAACGUGCAGUGGAGGCGCUUAGAGAAGCUUUGCCUCCGCUCGAAGAAGCUUCUACCGACGCGGAAGCGAAGUUCAUCAAGAACAAGGAUGAUCUGACGGCAGCCCACAGAGAGUCGCGAACUAUCAGAGAUAGCAUCAAGAAAGCCAAGGCCGACGUCAGGCGUCUGCAGGGGCACGUCACGGACGAGGAAGCCCGCCUGGCUGGUGCAGCAGGCGACGCCCAUACGGCUCGGUUGAAUCAGCUGGAGGAGCUGAGGGAAAACGCGCAGGCCGCCAAGCGCGAACACAAAGAGCAUUGUGAUAGGAAGGCAGACAUUGAUAAAGCUUGUACUCUGGCUCAAGCCCGCUACGAUGCCGCGCAGCCUGUUGAACAAAAAGCGAGGCAGGCUCUUGAUUCCGCCAAGCGUGGAAAGGAGCAGCUCGAACGAGGCCAAGGACGACCUUUUGCGCCGUACGACAGGAACAUGGAAAGGCUGUUGAAGGAGAUGGACAGAGAAACCCGUUGGAAAGUCAAGCCGGUGGGACCUAUGGGUUUUCACAUCUCUUUGCUCAGACCAGAAUGGUCCCCGAUUCUGGAAAAGGUCUUUGGCGGUGCUUUGGGAGGAUUCGUUGUGGCGAACCGCUCUGACCAGGACCUUCUGAGCAACAUCAUGCGGAGAGUGGGUUGCGGCCCCAUUCCAAUCUUCAUUUGUCCAAAGACUGAGCCGCUGGACAUGACUGACAAAGAGCCACCAGCCGGUGUCGAGACCAUUCUUCGGGUGCUGCGAAUCGACAACACCAUGGUGUUGAACCAACUGAUCAUCUCGAACUACAUAGACACCACCUGCUUGGUCAAGGGCUUGAAAGAGGCUACCGCUUUCAUGUACCCUGAACACGGACCACAACGACAUCACCGGGUCAAGGCAACGAUUGCUCUGGUCAAACCCGGCCACGGCACUCGACUCGACGUGUCUCGCAGUAAUCAGCCGAAAAGUACUCCUGUACACCCCUGGAAUGGUCCGUCGAGGAUGAAGGUGGAUCAGGCGGAGCAAUUGGCAUUACAAGAGCGCAACAUCAGGGAUGCCGCCCGAGAGUUGACUGAGGCGCAGCAAAAUGUCACACAGCUUCGCGAUGCUUUGACCAAGGCAAAGCAGGCAGUUACAGCGUUCAAGCAGCAGGAGGCUAAGCUCAAGACUGCGGCUCAAAAGGCAGAAGAUGCUGUCGAAGCUUUAGAGUCGGAGAUUGAGAGCAACAGACCGCAAGACGGAAAGUUGCAAGCACUCCAAGAGCAGCUGACCGAAGCACAAAACGAGCAAAAAGCGCAAGAAGAUGCCUUUGAAGACUCCGUUAUCGCCAAAGAUAAGCUGGACGAGGUUGCGAACGAGCUCAAGCCAGACUUGGAAGAGAAGCAGAUGGCACUGCAACUACAGAAGGAGCGAAUCGCAAAGGCAGAGAAAAAGCUGGAGAGAUGCGAGACGCUUCGCACUGAUGCUCUAUGGGUGAAGAACGAGGCCAUUGCGAAAGUGGAGAGUGCGAAAGGCCACGUCGAGCGGCUUGAGGCCAAGCGGGACAAGCAGAAGGCCCGCGUGGAAGAAUUCGUCGGAUAUGCCGAAGAAGUUUGUGCUCGGGUUCCUGUGACCGCGUCCGUGCAAGAGCUGGACGAGCGUCUCGAAACUCUCAAAGCGCAGUAUAAAGAAGAGCAAAAGCGCGCAGGAGGCUCCAGGGAGGAACUCACCCUCGCGUAUGUGCAAGCACACAAGGCGUACAGUGAUGCGAAGAACCAGACAGAGUCCCUCACGGAGACCUCUCGCAAACUCGACAUCGUUGUCGAACCCGAUCCGACGAAGUCCUCCAUGGCCGGCCGUCAAGCCCGCACCUUGUCCGGCGGAGAGAAGUCUUUCUCCACGAUCUGCUUGUUGCUGAGUAUCUGGGAAGCAAUGGGCAGCCCGAUCAGGUGUCUGGAUGAGUUUGACGUCUUCAUGGACUCGGUCAAUCGCACACAGAGUAUGGCAAUGAUGAUCCAGGCUGCAAGACGUGCGGUUGGCAGGCAAUUCAUUUUGAUCACGCCGCAGGCGAUGGGUAAUGUGGAGAUGGGUGAUGAUGUAAAGAUUCACAAGUAUGCUCCUGCCCCUUUUGCUUGUAUAAUGAUAAUCCGCUGA